CUGAGGAAGGAGCCCGGCCCUGCCCUGCCCAGCCUGUGGAAUUGCCCUGAGUCAUCGCUUUGGGCUGAGGCCAUGGGAAGAAACCAUUGUGUGGCAAAGCAGGAGGCAGGCGGCAGCCGGGGCCUACGGCAGGGAGACCUGAGAAAGUAGGGCCAAGGAGAGGAUGCACGGUGGCCGCUGGCCACAGCCGGGCUUGCUGGCAGGCUGGAGUCCUGCUGCUGGCCUUCCCCGAAGGGCUGGGCACCACGGCCCUUGUCCUGCCGGCUGCCUCUCACAGUGUGAGCGCUCUGAUGCGCUGUGCCAGCCAGCAGGCCCACAGCUGUAGGUCGGAGGCCUCUGGGGAGUCAGGAGGGGGCCGUGCUGGGGAGGGACAGACCUGGCCCGCUGAUGAGCAGGGCGGGCCUCCCUCAGGACAGCCCACAGGCAGGCUCACACUCAGUUUCACUUCCCGCCACUGCUGCCGGCAGCAAGAACCAGCCAGACUGCACCCUGAGUCGUUGCUGCUGCCUGCUACUCGGCUCGGCAGGUACCCAGCAUGGGCUCGCAGGCCCCAGCCCCGGGGCCCGUGCAGACCCUCAUCUUCUUGGACCUGGAGGCCACUGGCCUGCCUUCCUCCCAGCCCAAGGUCACGGAGCUGUGUCUGCUGGCUGUCCACAGAUGUGCCCUGGAGAGCUCCCCCAAUAUUCAGGGGCAGCCUCCCAUAGUGCCCCCGCCGCCCCGGGUGGCAGACAAGCUCUCUCUGUGCGUGGCUCCAGGGAAGGCCUGCAGCCCAGAAGCCAGUAAGAUCACAGGCCUGAGCACAGCUGUACUGGCAGCUCACGGGCGUCAGCGCUUCGAUGCCGACCUGGCCAGCCUGCUCCGAGCCUUCCUGCAGCGCCAGCCACAGCCCUGGUGCCUCGUGGCACACAAUGGCGACCGCUACGACUUCCCCUUGCUCCAGGCGGAGCUGGCUGUCCUAGGCCUUGCCAGUGUUCUGGACGGUGCCUUCUGUGUGGAUAGCAUUGCCGCCCUGAAGGCCCUGGAGCACGCUGGCAGCCCCUCGGAGCAUGGCCCACGGAAAAGCUACAGCCUGGGCAGCAUCUACACACGCCUGUAUGGCCAGGCCCCACCGGACUCGCACAUGGCCGAGAGUGAUGUCCUCGCCCUGCUCAGCAUCUGUCAGUGGAGGCCGCGGGCCCUGCUCCAGUGGGUGGACGCUCAUGCCAGGCCUUUCAGCACUGUCAAGCCCAUGUACGGGGUCACGGCCUCUGCUGGAACCAACCCAAGACCAUCUGCCACCACAGCCCCUAAAGCCCUGGCUAGAGCCGGGGACACUAGUCCCAACCUGGGCAGGGGCAGGAAGCCCAAGGCCGUUCCUCCAAUGGAGGGCCCUGGAGCCUCACCCAAGGCGGGACUGCUAGCCCCGCUGGGUCUUCUGGCCUUCCUGACCUUGGCACUAGCCACACUGUAUGGGCUUUCCCUGGCCACACCUGGGCAGUAGGCCAAGAAGGAAAGUCUGACUAAUAAAGACCCCCCCCAGCACUGA